UGAUUUUGCACCAACUUUACUGCGGAUAACAGUUUCUGAAAUAAAUUCUGUUACUUCGUUUCUGUUUUUUCCCCCAGUUUUCGGGUGAAAGCAUUAUGGGAAUCGUAGUUCUUUUUAUAUUCCUGUUCCCGCGUUCUUUGUGAUGAAGACGACGGUCAGUGUAUCGUUUUUACUUCCGCAUAGUGCGUGCUUGCUCAAAGUAAUCUGAACAAAUGGAAUUUCAUGAAGUUGCAGUUUAUUUCUCCGAGGAGGAGUGGGGCCUUUUAACUGAAGAACAAAAAAAACUUUAUAAGACUGUGAUGAUGGAUAAUUACCAGAUCCUGUGGUCUCUAGGAUAUGUUCGUGUGAAACCUUUACUUGUUAGAAAGAUUGAGCGCAAAGAGGAGCUGUAUAUGCCCAUUUUUCCAUUUGCUAAUGGUACAUUCACAGACAGUAACAAUCCCAGUCAUGGUCAGAAUGCUGAUGCUUUAUUUAAUGUUGUUCAAAAUCAAAGAAGUAAUAUGGAAAAUUUAUGUUUGAAAUGUGGAAAAUGGUUUGAUAGCAUAACAAGCCUUAUUAGACAUCAGAAAAUCCAUACAAAAGAGAAAGUAUUUUCAUGUUCUGAAUGUGGCAGAUGUUUUGCUCAAAAAUCACAUCUUGUUAUUCAUCAGAAAAUUCAUUCAGGAGAGAAAGCAUUUUCAUGUACUGAUUGUGGAAAAUGCUUUACUCAUCUACAAACUCUUACUUAUCAUCAAAAAAUUCAUAAAAAAAUACACCCAGAAGAGAAAGCAUAUUCAUGUUUUGAAUGUGGGAAAUGUUUUGUUUAUCUGAAAGCACUUAUGUGGCAUCGGAAACUUCAUACAGAAGAAAAAAAAUUUCUUUGUUCUGAAUGUGGGAAAUUUUUUAGGCAAAAGGCACAUCUCAUUAACCACUUGAGUCUUCAUACAGGAAAGAAAGAAUUUUCAUGUACUGAAUGUGGAAAAUGUUUUACUCAAAAACCAACUCUUAUAGCUCAUCAAAAAAUUCAUGCAGGUGUGAGACCAUUUACAUGUUCUGAAUGUGGGAAGUGGUUUUCUCGGAAAACAAUUCUUAUUGCUCAUCAGACAAUUCAUACAGGAGAGAAAACAUUUUCAUGUUCUAAGUGUGGAAAAUGUUUUGUCUGUAAAUCAGAUCUUAGUAAUCACCUGAAAAUGCAUAAAGGAGAGAAAGCAUUUUCAUGUUCUGAGUGUGGGAAAUGUUUUGCCUGGAAAUCAUCUCUUAGUUAUCACCAGAAAACACAUACAGGAGAGAACGCAUUUUCAUGUUCUGAGUGUGGGAAAUGUUUUGCCUGGAAAUCAGACCUUAAUAAGCACAUGAAAAUUCAUACAGAAGAGAACGCAUUUUCAUGUUCUGAGUGUGGGAAAUGUUUUGCCUGGAAAUCAUCUCUUAGUUAUCACCAGAAAACACAUACAGGAGAGAAAGCAUUUUCAUGUUCUGAGUGUGGGAAAUGUUUUGCCAGGAAAUCAGUUCUUAGUAAACACCAGAAAACUCACAGAAUACAUAAAACACGUUGAUGUUAUGAGUGUGGGAAAUGUUUUACUCGGAAAUUCAUUGUUAGUAGUUUCAUUUUCAGGAUCUGGGACAUGUUGUUACCAAGAUACAUUUUUAUUUCUGUUACAUAUUUGAGAAUUCAUAAAUAUUUGUCAUUUUGAUAUUCAAAAUAAAGAUAUGUAAACUUCAGAGAAAA